ACUUCCCUUCCUUCUCUACCGUCUGUAACACCCUUCUCCCUGCCGCCUUUAGAUUCGAAGCAAAGCCUUCAAUACCCCUCGUAGAAAACACUCAGAAAACAUCUGGAUGAUGGCUCCCCUUACGUCUAUUCUUGCCCUCGUCUUGGCCUCAGUGCCAAUUUGUGUUAAUGCGGAUAUAUCUGUCCUUGUUGGAACUUGGUCGUCCGGGUCGAUGAAGGUUCAGACGGGUAGUGGAUUUGCAAACCCUGCCCAAGUGUCGUUUACAUACCCCAACACUAGUGGAAUAUCUUACUCUUUUGCCGCCAAAGACUCUACUUCUGACGGAGAUCCUUGGUAUGAGAUCUCGCGGUACCGUUUUACUUCAAAUGGUUCUCAGCCCAAUUGCAUUACUGCAGCGAUGAAUUGGGUGCAUGGUACUUACGCUGAAGCAGACAAUGGUUCUAUAAUUCUUACCCCCAACGGCGACGGUUAUCAACAGAUCCAAGAUCCUUGUGCUGCGGUGUCGAAUUUCAUCGAAAACUACAAUGACACCGAGCUUUUAGUCAAUGGAUACUACACAUAUACCGACGUCACCCUUGGACUCGCCUUACAAUUGUAUACAUUCGAUGGCUCACCGCUGGCUCCGAUGUACCAGAUCUCGUCGACCCCGAACAUGCUUCCGACGCAACAGCUUAGGAACGUCACUGUCGCUACUCAGGUGAUUCAAAGAAGGGGUAACGGUGCCCAGCAGUCUCGUAGCACAUCAGUAGCCUGGACGCUCGUUCCGAAAGCAGCAAUUGCCGUUUUUGUUCUGGCUGUCGGUUCUUCCUUGCUAUAAUCAAAGUCAGAGCUCCAGAUAGAUGUGGUUGAACGCAUCGUUGCAAGGUUUUGCCGUUGUGUCAACAUUGGCCGACAUUCUAUGUUGUUUGCGACCUGUCCUCUCAUCAUGCCUAUACCAUACUAUAGUUUCGCAUCGAGCGAACCUUUGGACCGUCUUGAUCAU